CCCUUUGUUAAUAGGACAAACAGUGGGUGGCAGCAGGGAUCCAAGCAGAGAAAGCACAGACACAGGAGACAAGAGGCUGAAGAGAGUCACCAUCAGCAUCCAAAGCAGCUCCCAAGUGUUGGUGAGACUGUUAAAUCAUGAAGCUCAUUGCCAUCUUUCUCCUUUGCUCCAGACUGCUACCAAGUUUAACCCAGGAACACCACUCGGAGGAAAUCGACUGCAAUGAUGAGGAUGUAUUUAAGGCUGUGGACUCAGCUCUUCAGAAAUACAACAGUGGAAGCAAAAGUGGCAACCAGUUUGUGUUAUACCGCAUAACGGAAGUCAACAAGACGGAUGAACAGAAGCCAUUCUAUUUCAUCAAGUACCAGAUCAAGGAGGGAGACUGUCCUGUUCAAAGUGACAAAACGUGGCAGGACUGUGACUACAAGGAAGCUGCUCAGGCUGCCACAGGAGAAUGCACUGCGACUGUGGGGAAACGAGGAAAUACAAAGUUCACUGUGGCUACCCAGACCUGCCAGAUCACUCCAGCCGGGGGCCCUGUGGUGACAUCCCAGUAUGACUGCUUUGGCUGUGUGCACCCCAUCUCAACUGCCAGCCCGGACUUGGAACCCUUUCUGAGACACGCCAUUCAACAUUUUAACAACCGCACUGACCGUUCUCACCUCUUUGCCCUGAAAGAAGUGAAACAGGCAGAGAAACAGAUGGUGAUUGGAUGGAACUAUAAAGUUACUUACUUAAUUCAGCAAACUAAUUGUUCCAAGGAGAAUUUUCUGUUCUUAACUCCAGACUGCAAGUUCCUUCUCAAAGGGGAUAUCGGUGAAUGUAUAGAUCGUGCGUACAUGGAUCCUAAGCGAAAAAUUACUUCCUUCUCACAGAAGUGUGACCUUUAUCCAGGGGAGGAUUUUGUACCACUACCUACCAUAAUUUGCCGUGGCUGCCCCAAAGAGAUACCUGUAGACAGCCCAGAGCUGGCAGAACCUCUGAAACAUUCCAUCGCAAAGCUUAAUGCAGAGAAUAAUGGUACUUUCUAUUUCAAGAUUGACACUGUGAAGAGAGCAACAGCACAGGUCAUAGCUGGAAGAAAGUAUUCUAUUGAGUUCCUGGCCAAGGAAUCCACAUGUUCCAAGGAGAGUGAUAAAGAGCUGACUGAAGAUUGUGAGAUCAAUUUACUUGGAGAAAUUCUUGAAUGCAAUGCUGAUGUUAUUGUGGUACCUUGGGAGGACAGAAUUUACCCUACUGUCAACUGUCAAUCACUAGGAAAGACUUCAAUGCUGAAAAGACCUCCAGGUUUUUCACCUUUCCGAUCAGUACAAGUGGAGGAAACACAUGAAGUAACAAAUAGGCGACUAAGACAUUGCGAGUACAAGGGCCGACCUCGGGAGGCAGAGGCAAAGCCAACAUCUCCGAGUGAGGUCUCCUGACCAGUGGGCAGAAUGUCCAUGCCUGGCACAAUAGCCCCAACAACCAACCAGUCAGCAGCCUUGUGUGGAAGAACAAGAAGGUGGGAGAGAAUGCAGUUGAGAAGAAUGCCACAUUAUCACUCUGUGUCUGGAUGAAAUAAAGUUUGAUCUUGA